AUGCCGUACAUGUCGUCUCAGCCCAAGGUGCUCAUUGCCGGCGGUGGAAUCGGGGGAUUAAGCACGGCUCUCGCCCUACAUGCCUCGGGGCUGACGGACAUACACAUCUUCGAAGCAGCGGGAAAACUCACCAGCCUUGGCGUUGGCAUCAAUGUCCAACCUUCAGCGGUCCUCAUCCUUCGGAAUCUCGGGCUGCUGCCCGAACUAGAACGAACCGGAGUUGUAACGCAGGAGCUCAACUUCUAUAACAGGCAUGGCGACGAAAUUCUCUCUGAGCCGCGUGGAAUCAAGGCCGGAUAUGUCGUACCUCAGCUAUCGAUCCAUCGUGGUAACUUUCAGAUGGUUUUGUUGGAUGCCGUGCGGAAGCGCAUUGGGGAGGACAGGAUUCACCUGGGCCACUCGCUGGUCAACUUCCAGCAGGACGACAAGUCCAUUACGAUAUUCUGCCAGCAUGCCGAGAACACCGAAGACGCGGUCCCAUCCAUGACGGGCGAUGUCCUCAUUGCAGCGGACGGCAUCAACAGUGCCACCCGCAAGCUCCUAUACCCGGAUGAAGGCCCUCCGCGAUUCUCGGGUCGCAUAUUGUGGCGCGGUUGCGUUGAACGCGAGCCGUAUCUGACUGGCGCCAGUAUGGUCUGGGCUGGGUUUGCCGAUCAAAAGUUCAUCGCAUACCCCAUAAGUGGCGAGUCGGCACGAAAUGGCAAAUCUCUCGUCAACUGGAUUGCUGAACUCCGCGUACGCGACGACUCGGACCCUGACAAAACACCCCCGAAAGUUGAUUGGACAAAGACGGUGCCCAAGGAGCGGUUCGCUGGACCCUUCAGCAGCUGGAGAUGCGGUGGGCUCCGGAUGGUAGAAGAUCUGAUUGCGCCCACGGAGCGCGUCUUUGAAUUCCCCAUGUGCGACAGGGACCCGGUGGAGCGCUGGUGUUUUGGAAGGCUUGCAAUGACGGGAGACGCAGCGCAUCCAAUGUACCCGAUUGGGUCCAACGGGGCCACACAAGCCAUCAUCGACGCCGAGACCAUUGCACAGUGUCUUGCCGGGACAGAAACCGAGAAGAUACCUGAGGCUUUGCAAAAGUACCAAGAGAUCCGGCUGCCUCCGACGGCGAAGAUUGUGUACGCCAACCGAGCAAACGGGCCCGAUCAUGUGCUGCAGCUGGCCGAGGAAAGGGCCCCGGACGGGUUUAAAAAUGUAUACGACGUCAUCCCGAAGGAGGAGCUGGAGAGUAUCGGAGCCAAAUACAAGGCUCUGGCGGGCUUUGAACUCGAAGCCGUUAACCAGAAGGCCAAGGAGACGGAAGAGCUAGCAGCAAGGUUUACGCAAAAUUGA